UAAAGGGGCCGCGCCCCACGCUGAGGGGCGGCCUGUUCGGGUUUUAAUCCCGGUUCUUGAUCCCGGUCCUUGAUCCCGGUCCCCGGUUUAGAACGAACCGGUGGCUGCGGCUUCUCCGGUCACCACAGCCGUGGGCAGAGCGUAUCGGGGCGGAACCGAGAGCUGUGUGGGCCGAGGCCUCCUUCCAGGGCCGCCCUGUCACCAUCGGGUAUUCCCGGCGUGUUAAUUCUCUGUAAUCAUGAAUAUAUUCCAUUUUUCCACACUGCGGUGCCGCGGUUGAAUCACUGGAGAGAAAGCAGGAAGUGAAGGAGGAUUCCUGGACUUUCCCCAGCAGCAGGAAGGGAGGGAUUCCCUGCAGCUCUCAGCUAUGGCAGCUGAGGACAGGGAUUACAACCUCACCGAGGAGCAGAAGGCUGUGAAAGCCAAGUACCCCCCUCUCUGCAAGAAAUAUGAAUAUUUGGAUCACACAGCAGAUGUGCAGCUCCAUGCCUGGGGAGACACUUUGGAAGAAGCCUUUGAGCAGUGUGCCAUGGCCAUGUUUGGCUACAUGACAGACACAGGCACUGUGGAACCCGUGGAUACAGUGGAGGUAGAGGCAGAAGGGCAUGACCUGUUGUCUCUUCUCUUCCACUUCCUGGAUGAAUGGCUGUAUAAAUUCAGUGCUGAUGAGUUUUUUAUACCCAGGGAAGUGAAAGUGCUUCACAUUGACCGAAUGCAGUUCAAAAUAAGAUCAAUUGGGUGGGGAGAAGAGUUCUCUUUAGACAAACACCCACAGGGCACAGAGGUCAAAGCCAUAACUUACUCAGCAAUGCAGAUCUGUGAAGAUGAAAAGCCAGAAGUCUUUGUCAUCAUUGAUAUUUAAAGCAAGAAGAGUGUGGUUGAGUGGAUUUUGGUCAUCAUCUGGCAGAAGCCCCCUAAAACUGUAAUCCUUGUGGGAAAAAACCUAAGAAUUGGCCAGUUAAAAUCAGAAAUGUAAGGGACUAGUUGCAGGGAGUGUCAGACUGUUUUCACUGAGACAGAGAAUAAGAAUUAAUUGAGCUUUGGGGGGCAUGGAGAAGGAGAGGUUUGUACAGCUUGGAAGUCUCUCAGGAGUGCUGGCAGUCAGCUUUUAAGGCUGAUCCAUGAAAUACAGAAAUUGGUGGAGCUGAUAACUAAAAAUGCUCCCUUUUUGCAGCGUGGCAGGAGAUGAUGUUCAUCCAGAUUGAUCUCAUUUCCAUAUUUCAUGUUCUAAUUCAGAGCUGAUGUCCCUCCUCCAUAUUACAUAAAUCCAAAAUAGCUGUAGUGGCUCAGAUAUAAUGUAGGCAAAAAUAGGAGUGUUUAAAAUUAGACACCUUAAAAAAUGUUGCCAAUUAAACAAACAAACCACCACAUCUUUUAAACUACUUUUAAAAAAAGAAGUCAUGCCAGCAGGUGGUGCUGAAUUGCUGUAAAUAAAUUGCCACAUGAAAUCCUAAAGGAUGUGACUGUACCUGGAAUCCUCUUAUCACCUCUAAAAAGUUGGCAGCUUUGCUGCUGUGGGAGAAGGGAAUGGAAAUGGAUGUCCCAGGUUCUCCCUGGUUCACUCCCAUCUAUAUCUUGUGAAAACUUGACUUUUUUAAAAAGCAUGGUUUGGAUCAGCCUACUGUCCUUUAAAAGAACAGUAGAGACAAUCCUUAAACAUCAAAGGAUUAUGGACUUGACUGAAUCAAAAUUAAUCAAAAAUAAUCAAAAGUAUGGGGUGUGUUUUUUGUUCUUUUAAAUCACAGGAUGGUAAAUGUGCAUUACCUGCUGUUUUAAUUUAAUCUAAAUGUGAGCAGCAUAGGCCCGGCCUGCUCUGUUUCCAUAAACACUCCAAGUGCCUCACUGUGGUGUUUCAUCUUAUAAAGUCAUCUUAAAUAGUUCUGGUUUUAUUUCCAUGCUGUAAAGACAAAGGGAUAAAACCCCUCUUAUUUUUAAAGAAAGCCUCAAUGCUGAAAUAGAACUGGAACUGAAACAAUUAAUGGCUUUGUGAGUGAUCUCCACCAGUCAAUUCACACUUGUGCUUUGUUCCCCGCUAAGGUGAGCAGACUUCUUUUUUUAUCAGUAAGAAUUGCAACAUGCCAGUUAAAUGAUACAAAAUCAGUGUGAUUUUGACAGUUUGGAGUUUCUUUCUCCUCAGCCAGAGCCCCGAAGGCAGUGAGGGCACGGCCUCAUGGACUGAGCUGGGGCUGAGGGGCAGUGAUUUUGGGGAGAUGGACACUGAGGGUCAGUGAUUUUGGGGAGACAGGUGCUGAGGGUCAGUGAUUUUGGGAAGAUGGACACUGAGGGUCAGUGAUUUUGGGGAGACAGGUGCUGAGGGUCAGUGAUUUUGGGGGGGAUGGAUACUGAGGGUCAGUGGUUGCAGGGAGAUGGACACUGAGGGACUGAGCUGGGGCUGAGUGUCUGUGAUUUUUGGGGAGAUGGACACUGAGGGGCUGUGGGCAAGGGGCUGAGGGGAGAUGGGCAAGCACCUGAGCUGGGGCUAUGGAAGGUGGGCAAGGGGCUGUGGGGAGGUGAGUGAGGGGCUGGGGCUAUGAUGAGAUGGGCACAGGGGAUGGGGGGAGGUGGGUGUAGGAGCUGAGGGCAGCCUUCCUUUAGCCCAGCUCUCUAAAACAUGCAAAAAUAAAUCUAUGUUAAAUUUUAACUUUGCAGACAAAUGCUGAGGUGCCACAAGAUCAGUCUCAGGCUAUAAUAACACACUGAAGUGCUCUACUUAUUGAAAUGCUGACAGGAGCUUGCUAGGAAAACAUUUGGAAUUAACUAAGAACCUCAGGCUACAGAUGCUGCUGACAGGAAAGGAAACACAGCAUCAAAUGAGACAUGAGACCAAACAGUGGCUCUUUAUCAGGAGUACCAUGGGAAUGCCAUUCUCUGCUCUCAGCAGAAGGUUUCUUUUCUGCACUCCUUGAGUUUUUCUUUUUUAAUCAUUUAAUACUGAGCAUCUUUAGUUUCUCUACCAAGUGCAGGUUCUCUGCUUCAAGUGACUGGGGGAAUAAAUAUGACUACAAAAGAGACUCCAGAACUAAAAAGGUUGCUUAACCUCUGAGGGAAAUUGUGCUUAUAUAAAAUUGUUUUUAUGCUGUCAAGUACCCUAAAGUUAUAUAAACAGAAGAACCUUUCUAAAGUAGCUCUAUGAUCUUAAGUCACAGAUGUCCCACUGAAAUUCAGGGCACUUGGCCUCUUUAUUCCUAAAGUAAGGUAGAUGUGUUUAAGCAAAUCUUGCAUCAGUCCUGGAAAAAAAAAUGGAAAAAAACCCUGACAACUGUACUUCCAGUGAUUGCACUUUUAUUUCCUUGGAACCACGUGGAUGUAUCUUUCUAUAAAAUUCACAGUACAAAAAAAAAAAAAAAAA